GUACUGAUAGACGGCACUGACUGGCAUCACUGCUGGGCACUGACUGGCGGCACUGACUGGCACAACCCCUGGGCACUGACUGGCGGCACUGACUGGCACAACCCCUGGGCACUGACUGGCGACACUGACUGGCAGCACUGCUGGGCUGCACUGGUGGGUGGCACUGGUGGGCACAGGUGGGUGGGCACAGGUGGGUGGCACUGCUGGGCACAGGUAGGUGGCACUUCUGGGCACAGGUAGGUGGCACUGCAGAGUGGCACAGGUGGGUGCACUGCUGGGCACAGGUGGGUGCACUGCUGGGCACAGGUGGGUGAUCUGCUGGGCACAGGUGG